UUGAUCCCAGAAAAAAGAUGCAUUCACAUUUGUCUGUAUGUCCGGCGGGUAGUUGAGGCAGCGAUCAAUGAUGGAUAUCAAUUCCUCUCUCUUCUGGUCUCAGCCUUUUUGGGUUCUAUAAAUUGUACAUGUUCAUCUGGGUUUUGCCACAAUUCUGUAAGUCUUUGCACAAUCUGGCGCUGUCUUACCUCUGUUCUUCCCCUCUUCUCUGCUUGCUUCUUCCUCUAUUCGAUCAUAUCCAUGGCUGAGGUUUCUGGAUCAACCAAUGGACACCACGCUGUUUCUUUCAACAUCAAGGAUGAAUCCACUGCCGUCACCAGCAGACAAGAAGCCGACUGGAUCUCUGUUCCUUUCAUUCAAAAGUUGAUUGCAGAGAUUGUGGGGACGUAUUUCUUGAUAUUUGCCGGCGGGGCGUCGGUGGUUGUGAAUUUGAGCAAAGACAAAGUCAUCACUUUCCCAGGGAUUGCAAUUGUUUGGGGCUUGGCGGUAAUGGUGAUGGUUUAUUCUGUUGGGCAUAUCUCCGGUGCUCAUUUUAACCCUGCUGUCACCAUAGCCUUUGCCACUACCAAGCGAUUUCCAUGGAAACAGCUGCCAGCUUAUGUGAUAGCUCAAGUUCUUGGAUCAACAUUGGCAAGUGGAACACUGAGGCUAAUAUUCAACGGAGAACAGGACCAUUUUUCAGGGACUCUCCCAAGUGACUCAUAUUUGCAGACCUUUGUGAUUGAAUUCAUAAUCACAUUUUACCUCAUGUUCGUGGUGUCUGGUGUUGCCACUGACAAUAGAGCCAUUGGUGAACUUGCUGGACUUGCUGUUGGCGCCACGGUGCUCCUCAACGUGAUGUUUUCAGGGCCAAUAACAGGAGCGUCCAUGAAUCCAGCAAGAAGCUUGGGGCCUGCUAUAGUAUCAAGGCAGUUCAAAGGGUUAUGGAUAUACAUGGUAGCUCCCACGUUUGGGGCAAUUGCGGGCGCUCUGGUCUACAAUACCAUCAGGUUUACAGACAAGCCUCUACGAGAGAUCACCAAAAGUGCGUCUUUCCUCAAAGGACAGGGGCGCAAUGGUUCGGCUUGAGGAGCUUUUGCCUUAUAUAUAACAACAAAACGCCAUUUUUCUUGCUUUCUUUCUUGUAUUUCAAAGAUUAUGCAGAUAGAGAGCGAAAGGAGAGAAAUUUGGGUGUUUUAGUUUUAGCUUUAGUAGAUUGAUGUCGGGACUCUCGAGGAAAACUAAGAAUCCCACAUUUUAAUAAGACCAAACUUUUAUGGCUG